AUUCCAAAAUUCAAGAAAUGCGCGAUUCUAAUUUAGUGACAACAUAUACAUUUCACGGACAAGAAUAUUUAUUUAGGAUGAAAGCGCUACACAACAAUCUGGAAAUUCUGGUUACCGACAAACAUUCGGGUGAAGAGUGGCAGUGUAGUUACGACGCGACGUACAUUGAAAAUCUAACUCACAAAACGGGUAAUUUUAAGCAGUUCGAUAUUUUUAUCGCCAUGAUUAAAUCCGGUGUACUAAAAACAAGUGAAAGUGUAACUUUAGAUCUGCUUACUUUUGAAGAACUCGAACUCUUGAGGUCUAGAAAGAUUACGAGAACUCUGGGAUCAUUUAACAGUAACCGAAGAUACUUAAUUGUAACGUACAUCGUGGAAUUCGACAAGAUUCGUUAUCCGUUGCCAUUAGAAUACUGUGGGCCACCAGACCCGGUGAUAUUACAAACUACAAUUCGUAGGUUAGAAGUGGAACUAGCCAAAACUAAAGAAGAAUUAGCAUUAAGGUCCAGCAACAAUGAGUCUAAGAAAAUAUAUUUUUUGCAAAAGCGAGUGGAACAAUUAACUGAGGAAAACACCCAACUUAAAGAAGAUAUGGAGCAAAUUUCUAGGCGCAUUGAGAAAAAACAUAAGCCCAACUAUGCUACUUUACAAACCGCAGUGAAUAAUUUAGAGAGAAGCGUUGCGAAAGAAAGAAGUUCACACCACGAACUUGUUCAAAAAUUGAAAAACGAUAAAAUUGAGCUGAUGCAAGAGCUAGAGAAGUUGAAGGUGUCUGAAAGAUCUCUGAAAUCUAUACUUAAUAACAAGAACCAGCCAUCGCAACCACCGUACGAAUUUGGAGAUAAUUACCUUCCAAUAAAUGCCAUUCGACCUGGUCCUUGCACAAAAACGUUAUAUAAAAACUCUCGUUCACCGACUGUCCGUGAUUUCCAUGGCUCUGGUGCGGUUCGUAUCAGAAAUAGAUCUACAAGUGGAAAUAGACCACGAUCCCGAUUAAGUAGAAGAACCAUCGCCAGCCCUUGUAGUUCUACGAGCAGUAGUAAAUAUCACGAUCCACACAAAGAUCUAAGUAUACACAGCAGAUCAAAUUCUCCACAAACACCAAAAUGUAGCUCGGGUAAUAGUUCUCGAGUCAGUUCUAUAAAUUCCGUUAGACGGAGAAAAAGUAGAAACAGACAUUUCGAAUAUCAGAAAUUGCAGGAAAAAAUUGAAGACCUACAGAAAAUUUUGAAAAGCAAUAUAGUUCGAACUAAAUAAAUAAAUAUUGGCAACGCGGUGCGUUGCUAGCCGGUUUGUUGUAUUUUUAAGUUUUAUUAAAAAUAACAUUAAAAUAAUUGUUU